CCCGCUUCUUAGUAAACAUUCAGCGGUCCUUUUAAUUAUUAUUAUGUUCCACUUUCAACAUUUUCAUUAUAUAAAUUAUCGUAGUAUAAAUUAACUAUUUUUCCUGUUUUUGCGAUUAUUUGUGAAUCAUCUGUUAUAUUUCGGUGUUUCAAGUAAAACUUUCUUUACUCUUUCGAGACCAAAAAAUGCCUGGUUGGACCUCAGCUUGUUUUGGAUCAUUUAAAAAAGAAGGUGAUAAUUUUAGCAAAAAAGAUGGUCUUGAUAUAGGAAUGCACGAUGAAAGGCGGUGUAGUAUGCUAAAAGAAGACAGAAAAGGAAUUUCAUUUGUUGAACUAGAAAAGAAGGAAGGAACUACUCUUGGACUUAUUAUUUCAGGUGGCGUCGAUAAAAAUUCAAAACCCAAGAUAUCUAAUUUGAGACCUGGAGGCAUUGCACACAGGAGCGAUGCUUUAGCAGUUGGGGACUAUAUUAUUUCUGUUAAUGGAAUUCGCACUUGUAAACUCAAACAUGAAGAAAUUGCUAAUUUGCUGAAAAAUGCUGGUAAUAAAGUGACAUUAGAAAUAGAAUAUGAAGUACCAGGUUCCUCAUAUGAUGGAUCGUUAAGUGUGUCAUCAAAAGUGAUACAAGUAAAGCUUGAGAAAGAGAAUGAAAGUUUUGGAUUUACAUUGCGAGGAGGUGUUUGUCAAGACAAGUUAAAAUCCCGCCCUCUGGUAAUUACACAUGUCAGAUUUGGUGGACCUGCAAAUAGAACUGGAAUAAUAAAAGCUGGGGAUAGACUUUUAGCUGUUGAUGGCAUCAAUUUAGCUAGGGCUACUCUCCAGGAAGCUUUGCAAGUUCUGAAACAACUAAAGCAAUCUGCACUCUUUACUAUUGAAUAUGAUGUUUCUGUAAUAGAUGCUGUGAAAAAUGCUACAGGUCCUUUGUUAGUGGAAAUUGACAAAACUCCAGGUUGUCUACUAGGCAUAAAUUUGUCUUGUGUUUCUGUCCCAGAACAUGCUAUUGUAAUAGAAAGUAUAAAGCAAGCAAGUACAGCAGAAAGAUGUGGUGCUCUCCAUGUGGGUGAUCAUAUUCUAGCAAUAGAUGACAUUAAAGUUGAGCUUAUGACAUCACCUGAAGCUAUGCAGCUACUGAAAUCAUCUAAUGAUGAAAUGGUCAGAUUGGAAAUUUUGCCUGUUAGCCAAAUAGCUUUGCGAUCUGCUCCAGAUAUGAAUAUGAAAAGAGGAUAUGCAUUAUCCCGCAGCUCUGUUCCAAGAGCUAAUUUCAACAACUCUGGGUAUAAUACACUUUCUUCCUUGGGUAGAAAUUCUGUGAGUUCUAGCAUUCCUUACUCUUUUGUAACUUCUACAUUAGGAAUGAGGCGAAAUUGCAAUGGUGCAAACAUGUGCUCAUCUGUUUUAAAUCCUAUUCCUAACAAUGUUGAAGUUGCAUCUAUCUCAUCUAAUUCAAGAACUACAUAUACAAGUGUUGAACGAGCUGACAGAACUGAAGUCAUCUUAACUGCAAAUCAUAAAGGAUUUGGUUUAAUGCUUCAAGGCUCAACAUUUCCUUCUGAUAUACUGACUACACCACCUCAAAUAAGUUGCAUAGAGCAAGGAAGCCCUGCUGAAAAAUCUGGUGUGUUACAAAUUGGUGACAGAAUUUUAGCCGUUAAUGGAGGAAGUACAGAAGGUGUGACAUUGGAUGAUGUAACAAAUAUGAUUGCUCAUUUUCAUCCACAAGUUUGCCUCAUAACAGAGUUUGAUGUGGCAGAAGCUGUAGUUCCAAGUAGUGGAAUAUUUAUUGUUAAACUAGUGAAGAGAGGAUCUGAUCUCGGGAUUUCUAUAACAGCACCCAGAAAUAGACAGUUGGGAGAACCACUGAUUAUUGCUUGUGUUAAAAAAGCAAGUGUGGCUCAUCGAACUGGCUCAAUUCAACCUGGAGAUAAGUUGUUAGCUAUAAAUUCUUUAAGAACAGAAAACUGUACUGUGGAGGAUGCUACUGCAAUUUUGCAUUCAUGCAAUGAUGUUGUGACUCUCCGCAUUCGUAAAGAUGAAACUUUCUCUGAAGACCCAGAUGCAACUUGUGCAAUUGUGUACACUGUGGAGCUUGUAAGACAUGGGGGCCCUUUAGGUAUAACUGUUUCUGGCACAGAAGAGCCGUUUGAUCCAAUAUAUAUAUCUGGGCUCACUGAAAAUGGACUAGCUGAAAGAACUGGUGCUUUGCAUGUUGGAGACCAAAUUUUAGCAAUAAAUGGCAACAGUUUGAGAGGAAAAACUUUGAAUGAAGCAAUUUGCAUAUUACAGACUUGUGGGGAUACGGUUACUAUGAAAAUAUCAAAAUGUCCUUGCCCUGAGAGGUUUGAAACUGAAGAGACAAGAACAAAAUGUACUCAUUGUGCGACUGAAGACCAAAUGAAAUCUUUUGCUACUCCUCUGUCUAGUGUUGAUAGUGCAGUUGAUUCCUGGGAUAGCUGUAAUCCUGGUCUCUCUACAAAUAUUACACAUGUGAAAAAUGAAAUUCAUGGUCAUUCCGUGAGUGAUGGAAAUUUGUGUGCCUCAUAUCAAGCUACUUCUGAUUUGUCACCAGCAAGAAAUAUUGAUAUAAAUGUAGGAUCAGUUUCAUGGGAACUAAAAACUGUUAGAUCAAACAGUUUUUCUGGAAGUCUUUGUGUUCCAUCUGAUGAUGAAAAGGAAAGCUGGCAUAAGGUUUUGGAAGACUUGCAAACGUGUGGACAAUCUCAACUUCUUCGUCAAAUUGAGAGAACUAUUUUGGGUUAUGAUGAAAAUGAGAAUGAAGCAAGAUCAGGCUCUGAAGAUUUAAAUACAAAUGUAAAAUCUCUCUCUAGGGACUUAUCAGAAAAUAAAUUAGAUGAACUAAAUUCUCAAAUUGAGCAACUCAGUGUUGAUUUUAAAGAUGAUUCUUUUCAUGAUUCAGCACUAAGCAGUAGAGAGUAUUCAGACUAUCCUCAAAUACAUAGUGUUUGUAAUGAUUCUAGAAAUACUUUUUGUGUGCCAUCAUCAUCUUUUUCGUUCCCUUUGCCUAUUGAAAUUCACAAAGUUAUGCUUUUUAAGGACCAAGUGUAUGAAGAUUUUGGGUUCAGUUUAUCUGAUGGAAAGUUUGAAAAUGGUGUCUUCAUCAACAGCAUUCGACCUGGUGGUCCUGCCGAUAUGAGUGGCUUAAUCAAACCAUUAGAUAGGAUAUUACAGGUUAACAAUGUAAAAACAUUCAAUGCUGGACUAAUUGUACCACUUAUUGCAUCAUCUGGAGAUAGAAUUGAACUUGUUAUUAGUCGCCCAGCUUACAAUAGUGAGUCAUCUUCUGAAAGCACCCUAGGAUGUGCUAGUAACUCUCACCCUUGGAUUGAAGAAGAUGGAGAAAGAGAAGGAAGUUUGUAUCCUUUCCCUUCCAGUUCACAAGUACAAACACUUACCAAAACAUUGUAA